CUGUUGGUCAGCUGGUGUGUGUGUGAGCAGCUGCAAAGGGCUGAGGGCUCUGUGUCUGGUUUAAGUUAAACUAAGGAGAAACUCUGUUGAACAUGGCUGGUGUCCACCGUUUGGUUAUUGUCCGCCAUGGAGAGAGCUCCUGGAACCAGGAGAAUCGCUUCUGUGGCUGGUUCGAUGCUGACCUCAGUGAAAAGGGUUUGGGGGAGGCCAAGCGUGGAGCCCAGGCUAUCAAGGAGGCAGGCAUGAAGUUUGAUGUGUGCUACACCUCCGUGUUGAAGCGUGCUAUCAAGACUCUGUGGACCAUCAUGGAAGGCACAGACCAGAUGUGGCUGCCUGUGAUUCGUACUUGGCGUCUGAAUGAGCGCCACUACGGAGGCCUCACAGGACUAAACAAAGCAGAGACCGCUGAGAAACACGGUGAGGAGCAGGUGAAGAUCUGGCGUCGUUCCUUUGACAUCCCACCUCCACCAAUGGAUAAGGACCACCCUUACCACAAAAUCAUCAGUGAGUCUCGGCGCUACAAGGACUUGAAGCCCGGUGAGCUGCCCACAUGUGAGUCACUGAAGGACACCAUUGCCCGUGCCCUGCCUUUCUGGAAUGACGUCAUUGCACCUCAAAUCAAAGCAGGGAAGAAUGUUAUCAUUGCUGCCCAUGGCAACAGCCUCCGUGGCAUCGUCAAGCACUUAGAGGGCAUGUCUGAUGCAGCCAUCAUGGAGUUGAACCUUCCCACAGGAAUCCCAAUCGUGUAUGAGCUGGAUGCGGACCUCAAGCCCGUCAAGCCCAUGUCUUUCCUCGGUGAUGAGGAAACCGUGAAGAAGGCCAUGGAGGCUGUGGCUGCCCAGGGCAAAGCCAAGAAGUAAACCUGCCUUCAAGGCUCCAUGAGGCAGAAAAAGAGACUUUUACCCCAUUUUUCCUAUUUGUCCAUCCUCAUAGUCCAUUCCAACUGGGGAAAUGAUUAAUGGUUCAUUUGGAGAAGCCUAUUAACCUUCAGUUUGAUUCAGUGACUAAAAGAUGGGACAACUUGUCAAUUCGAGCAGAUAGCAGAGCCCCAUAUUUCACAUAUCUCAGCAACUUUGAAAUGUGGUCAAGCCCUUUUUUGUAGCACUCACCACCCUGGCACAACAAAUAAAGAAGUCAUGUUUUUAUGUA